AUGAAUGCGGACUUUCCGUCACAUAAAAAUAAAGAAAAAAGAAAAAGAAAUGAUUUAACUCCUAACGAAUCCUACACAGCUUCUUUGGCUGGUCCAUCCUUAAACAUACCAUCAUAUGAAACUUUAGUAGAACCUUCAGAAAUACUUUCAGCCCUGGAUUUAUCAACUAGCGAUGAGUCAAUGAGCUCGACAACGUCUGACAAACUAGACUUAAUUCCACAUUCAAAUAACUUAGGAAUAUUCGGAACUGUUCUGGCCAGUACUGCCGCUUUACUUAAAGGUCAAUCCACGUAA